UUUUCUCAGUCUUGGUGAACAAUUUAUUUUGUUGGUGUUUAAUUAACAGCAAUUAAUUGUCGUUUUUUCUUAAUUUAAAUUAUCUAUUUUUUUUGUUUGUGAAUUAGCUUAAGAAAGUCUUAAAUUACUACCAAAAUGAACAGUGAAUUGGCUUGUAGUUAUGCUGCUCUUCUCCUUCAAGAUGAUGAUAUCGCUGUUACUGGAGAGAAAAUUUCAACCAUCUUAAAAGCAGCUAAAAUUGAAGUUGAACCAUAUUGGCCAACAUUAUUCGGUAAAGCUUUAGAAGGUGUUGAUAUUAAGAAAUUGGUGUCUAACAUUGGUUCAGGUGUUGGUUCAGGACCUGCAGUCGGUGGUGGUGGAAGUGCAGCACCAGCAGCAGCCGCUGUCGAAGAAAAGAAAGAAGCCAAGAAAGAAGAAAAAGAAGAGGAAGAAGAAGAUGAUGACUUAGGAUUCAGUCUUUUCGAUUAAUCUAAUUUGUCUCUUUAAACAAAACUCCUUAUUUCCUUCAAUUUGUUAUCUUCAAAUAAAAAGAUAUUUGUAAGUUAACAAUA